UCUUCCCCUCAUGAUAAGAACUCAAAUAACUUAAAGCCAAUAUAUAUAGAUACAUGCAUAUCAUCACAAGGCAAAGACACAAACACAAACACAAACACAAACACAAACACACUCUCUACCUCAAAAAACAUUCCUCUCCUUCACAUGAUGUUUGAAUUAGAAAACAUGGAAUAUAGCCAAUAUAGUAGUUAUUCAGCAGAAGCAGGAGAAGAAGAAACAUACACAACUAGUAGCAUAUCUUCCAUGAGAAAGAAGAAAAACAAGAAUACAAAGAGGUUUACUGAUGAACAAAUCAAAUCAUUGGAAACUAUGUUUGAAACUGAGACAAGACUUGAACCAAGAAAGAAGUUGCAGUUAGCUAGAGAGCUUGGAUUGCAGCCAAGACAAGUUGCUAUAUGGUUUCAAAACAAAAGAGCUAGAUGGAAAUCAAAGCAACUUGAAAGAGAAUACAACAAACUUCAAAAUAGUUACAAUAAUUUGGCUUCAAAGUUUGAAUCUAUGAAGAAGGAAAGACAAACAUUACUAAUACAGUUGCAGAAGCUGAAUGAUCUAAUACAAAAGCCAAUAGAGCAAAGUCAGAGUAGUUCACAAGUUAAAGAAGCAAAGAGCAUGGAAAGUGCAUCAGAAAAUGGAGGAAGAAACAAAUGUGAGGCUGAGGUGAAACCAAGUCCUUCAAUGGAAAGAUCAGAACAUGUACUUGAUGUUCUAUCAGAUGAUGACACAAGCAUAAAGGUUGAAUACUUUGGUUUAGAAGAUGAAACUGGUCUUAUGAAUUUUGCUGAACAUGCUGAUGGUUCUUUAACAUCACCAGAAGAUUGGAGUGCUUUUGAAUCAAAUGAUUUAUUAGGCCAAUCAAGUUGUGAUUAUCAAUGGUGGGACUUUUGGUCUUGAAUGAAACAGAGGAGGAAAAUAUGUGUGGAGGAAAUAUAUGCAAAAUUUAUGAUGUUAGAAUCAUCAUUGUUUUGUUGAAGAAGUUGUCAGAGGAAAAUCAAGGGACAUUUUGUUUUUUGUACAACAUAAUCAUUAGUUUGUAGGAAAUGAUUUUCAUCUCUGCGGUUCGAUCUUGUUUGGAUAAAUAACUUAAUUAAGCGCUUAUAGUAUAAAUAGUUAUAAGCUUUGUAGGCUAUUCUGGAGAGUCUAUGGAAGUAAGUUACGGACAUCUCAUAAGCAGUUUUGAAAGGUUCUUCAAAAUAGUUAUACAAAUGCGUACAAAUAAGUUAAACCAAA